AUGAUGCGAUCAAAGUCUGAAAAAGCAAAAUCUAAUGAAAUUCAAUGGGAUAAAUUUGGCCUUAAUGAAAUUUCUAAUUCGAAUAAUUCCUCCUCAUUUGACUUGAAUCAUGAUGGAUUUGAAAGAGGAGGUCAUAUAGCUUUAGAAGGAAAUGAAUUAUUUGCAAAUGAAGAGAAACACAAACCUUGGUGGAAAUCCAAUUUUUUUAUAUCUGAGCCAGUUCUUUUUGGACAAUGGGAUGGUGUUUUCACUUCAUGCCUUAUUAAUAUAUUUGGUGUCAUAGUUUUCUUAAGAUCAGGCUGGAUAGUAGCUCAAGCUGGGAUUUUAAAUGCUAUAUUAAUUGUUUUUGCUACAGUAUCUGUUGCAUUGAUAUCAGUUUUAUCUGCUGUUGGAAUAUGUGAACGAUGUAGAAUGGAAAGUGGAGGUGUAUAUUUUCUUAUUUCACAUGUCUUAGGAUCUCGAUAUGGUGGUUCCAUUGGUUUGAUUUAUUGUUUCGGACAGGCUGUUGGUUGUGCACUGUAUGUUUUAGGAUUUGGAGAAUCUAUUGCAGGACUUAUUGACAUUAGCGUUUCUACUUGGGCAGUAAGAGGCUUUGCAAGUUUAGCAGUGAUUUUACUCAGUGUGAUCAAUCUUGCUGGAGUUAAAUGGGUUGUGAAACUUCAAUUUAUUUUACUUCUUAUCUUAUUGUUGGCUGGCUUAGAUUUUGCUGUGGGUAGCUUUGUUCAUACUUCUCCUGAAUCAGGAUUUACAGGGUGGAGGAGUAAUAAUGCUGCGGAAAAUCUGUAUUCUGAUUAUAAAAAUGGUUACAAUUGGUUUACUGUUUUCGGAGUUUUUUUUCCCACUGUCACGGGAGUCAUGGCUGGUAUUAAUAUGAGUGGAGACUUAAGAGCUCCCUCUAAAGACAUUCCCAAUGGAUCUUUAGCAGCUAUAUGCACGGGAACAUUCCUUUACCUUACCUUUAUAUUGUUUUUGGGAUCAACUUGUCGACGUGAUGCGCUACUAACCGAUUUUAUGAUGACUGCCAAAGUUUCCGUUAUUCAAGUUUUGCUGUUGGCCGGACUUUAUGUAUCAUCAAUGUCUUCGUGUUUGGCUGCCAUGUAUGGAACUCCUCGGGUUUUGCAGUCAAUAGCUAAUCAAAACGUUUUACCUGUUAUAAAAUUUCUGGGUCAAGGACGUGGUCCCAACAAAGUUCCAUUAUAUUCUAUGAUCGUCGUUGCUACCGUAACUCUAACUUUUAUUUUAAUUGGUGAUAUUAAUACAUUGGGACCUGUUAUAACUAUGCCUUUUUUAUUAACUUAUGCAUCCAUAGAUUACUCUUACUUUGCUUUGGCUCAAACAUUUGAUAUUCAACUGAAAAAUGAGCUACGUUUCAGAUACAAGGCAUCACAAAGUAAUUCGGAAGUCCAUGGAUACGGUGCAACUUCUAAAAAAGAAGAUUCAAACAAAAAUGGGGAUAUUCAACCCGUAUAUGCAGGAAAUCGUUUUGAAAACGAUUUAGAUUAUCUAUUUCCUGAAAGAACUGAACAUCAAACAAAGGAAAAUAAUUAUUCAGGAAAUGAAAACUCAGACUUGAACAAUCAUAGCAUUAAUAAUGAAGAAAAACAAGUUCAUUCUAAACCUAGAAGUUGGUAUUCUCCUUUGUGUAACAGAUGGCUUUCAUUGUUUGGCGCAAUUACCAAAUUCGUCAUUAUGCUUUUGGUUGAUUGGAUGUAUGCGCUUGUUUGCAUAAUUGUUGUCGUAAUAACUUGGUUUUAUGUGGGAGCAGCAAAUCCAGCGGUCAAACCAGGACUUGCACAUCAUUUUAGAUUUUUGCUUUGGUUAAAAAGCAUUUGCCUUCGUGUUGCUGGUAAAAAAUGUGGAGAACUUGAACAAAUGGUAGUACCGCCUUUACAUCCUUUUGUGCCAACUUCAACGAAUCAGUUAAAUGAAGAUAAUGUUGAUUUUUCUGAUCGACGUAAAUACCAUCAAAGUAAAACUUUGACUGCUUCACUUGUAGAUUUAGAUAGUGAUUAA